GCUCCCAUAGUACGGCGAUGGCUGACUACUCAACAGUGCCUCCACCCUCCUCUGGCUCCGCCGGUGGCGGCGGCGGCGGCGGCGGCGGUGGAGGAGUUAACGAUGCUUUCAAAGAUGCGCUACAGAGAGCCCGGCAGAUUGCAGCAAAAAUUGGGGGUGAUGCUGGUACAUCAUUGAAUUCAAAUGACUAUGGUUAUGGGGGACAAAAAAGGCCUUUAGAAGAUGGAGAUGGCUCUUGGACAAGUCCGAGCAGUACCACACACUGGGAGGGAAUGCCCUCUCCUUUUAAAGAUCAACCAGAUGCUAAGAAAGUUGCUCCUCAAAAUGACUCUUUUGGAUCGCAGUUACCACCGAUGCACCAGCAGCAAAGCAGGUCUGUGAUGACAGAAGAAUACAAAGUUCCAGAUGGAAUGGUCGGCUUUAUAAUUGGCAGAGGAGGUGAACAGAUCUCACGCAUUCAACAGGAAUCUGGAUGCAAAAUACAGAUAGCUCCUGACAGUGGUGGCCUUCCAGAACGGUCUUGUAUGCUAACUGGAACACCUGAGUCUGUCCAAUCAGCAAAACGGUUACUAGACCAGAUCGUUGAAAAAGGCCGACCAGCUCCUGGCUUUCAUCAUGGUGAUGGACCUGGAAAUGCAGUUCAAGAAAUCAUGAUACCAGCUAGCAAGGCAGGAUUAGUUAUUGGAAAGGGGGGAGAGACUAUUAAACAACUGCAGGAACGGGCUGGAGUUAAAAUGGUUAUGAUUCAGGAUGGGCCUCAGAACACUGGUGCUGACAAACCUCUUAGGAUUACAGGCGACCCAUACAAAGUUCAACAAGCCAAGGAAAUGGUGUUAGAGUUAAUUCGUGAUCAAGGUGGUUUCAGAGAAGUUCGAAAUGAGUAUGGGUCAAGAAUAGGAGGCAAUGAAGGGAUAGAUGUCCCCAUUCCAAGAUUUGCUGUUGGCAUUGUGAUAGGAAGAAAUGGAGAGAUGAUUAAAAAGAUACAAAAUGAUGCUGGUGUUCGAAUUCAGUUUAAGCCAGAUGAUGGAACAACGCCUGAUAGGAUAGCCCAAAUAACUGGCCCUCCAGAUCGAUGUCAGCAUGCUGCAGAAAUUAUCACAGACCUUCUUCGAAGUGUUCAGGCUGGUAAUCCUGGCGGACCUGGACCUGGUGGUCGAGGAAGAGGUAGAGGUCAAGGCAACUGGAAUAUGGGACCACCAGGUGGACUACAGGAGUUUAAUUUCAUUGUGCCAACUGGGAAGACUGGAUUAAUAAUAGGAAAAGGAGGUGAGACCAUUAAAAGCAUAAGCCAACAAUCUGGUGCCAGAAUAGAACUUCAGAGAAAUCCUCCUCCUAAUGCAGAUCCUAACAUGAAGUUAUUUACAAUUCGUGGCACUCCCCAACAAAUAGACUAUGCUCGGCAACUCAUAGAAGAAAAGAUUGGUGGCCCAGUAAAUCCUUUAGGGCCACCUGUACCCCAUGGGCCCCAUGGUGUCCCAGGCCCCCAUGGGCCUCCUGGGCCUCCAGGGCCUGGAACUCCAAUGGGACCAUACAAUCCUGCACCUUAUAAUCCAGGACCACCUGGCCCAGCUCCUCAUGGUCCUCCAGCCCCGUACGCCCCCCAGGGCUGGGGAAAUGCAUAUCCACAUUGGCAGCAGCAGGCUCCUCCUGAUCCAGCCAAGGCAGGAACAGAUCCAAAUUCAGCAGCCUGGGCUGCUUAUUACGCUCACUACUAUCAGCAACAAGCACAGCCACCUCCUGCGGCUCCUACGGGCGCGCCAACUGCAACCCAAACGAACGGACAAGGUAACUAUGGAGAUCAACAGAAUCCAGCUCCAGCUGGACAGGUUGAUUAUACCAAGGCUUGGGAAGAAUACUACAAGAAAAUGGGUCAACCAGGGCAGACACAAGAUUAUUCAAAAGCUUGGGAGGAAUAUUACAAGAAGCAAGGUCAAGCGGUCCCUGCGCCCACUGGUGCUCCCCCUGGUGGGCAGCCCGAUUACAGUGCAGCCUGGGCUGAGUACUAUAGACAGCAGGCGGCCUACUAUGCCCAGACAAGCCCACAGGGAAUGCCGCAGCACCCGCCAGCACCUCAGGGCCAAUAAUAAGAAGUGGACAAUACAGUAUUUGCUUCAUUGUGUGGGGGAAAAAAACCUUUGUUAAAUAUAUGGAUGCAGACGACUUGAUGAAGAUCUUAAUUUUGUUUUUGGUUUAAAGUAGUGUUUUUUUUUUUUUUGAAAAUGUACAAAAUAUCUAUCACUACUGAUAGGAGGUUAAUAUUUCUGUGUAGAAAUGGAAAUUGGUUUGUUUUUAGUACCUAGUGUAGAUGUACACAUUCCAGCAAAUGUAUUUGCAACUAUUAUGUGGUCAAUGCUUUGUGAUAUAAAUGUACUUUUUCAAUGUAUACUUUCACUUUUAAAAUGCCUGUUUUGUGCUUUACAAUAAAUGAUAUGAAACCUCCUGUGUCGGUAAGUUGGAUAUGUGGCUAAAGGAUUCAUAAUUUCUUAGCAGUUAUAAAUUAAGAUACAUAUACACAAAUAUAUAAGCUUUCCCCAUGAAUUACUGAGUUUUUAAACACUGGCAUGUUUUUCCCCCUUGCAGUAUAGUGCUAGAUUCGAGGACUUUUCCAUUUGUUGUAUUUGGCUAUUUCAGCACAAGUAAUCCUGAUAUCUUCAUUUUUUUCCUUCUGUUUGAUUAAAACUGCAUGUGUGUACAAUGAUCUUUUGGCAUACUUCCAUUGCAUUAACAGUGAAAUUUCCUUUUAUACAUGACCACUGUUUCAGACCUGUACUGCUGCUAUAACAGUUAACCUUUCUGUUUUAAUUUGAUAAUUACUUGAUUUCCAAGACUGUUUCAGCAUAACUGAUUUUAAACAGUUUUCAGAUAGUGAAUUUGAAUAGUCUAAUAAGGUUUUUUUCAUGUAAAGCAACUCUUUCAAUGUAUAUAAUAAUAAUAAUAAUAUCAGUGUUUCUUUCUAAAUGUAGGAUAGAAAAGUGAGUAGCAUGCAAAAAAUAUAGCUACAUUGCAUCUGCCAUUGAAACAUAAUUGGGGUAUGGAAACGUUCAAGUUUUUUCAUUUUUUCCUUUUUGCAGUAUAGAUAAGCUUUGUUUUGUAAAUGCACAAGUCCAGUCAUUGAAUCAAGUUAAUUUUUUUAUGUACUUGAAAUCAUUUUAUUACUCUUUAACACUCAUGCUGAAGUUCUGAUAUUUUGUUGAAAUCCGUUGUUUUACUCUUUGCAUAUUUGUUGGCUCUUGCAUAUGAAUAUAUUAGACUACAUGCAAAUACAGUCUGUCUUGCCAUUGUCUGUUGGAGUGCAGGUUUGACCCAGCCAGUAUAGAACUAGCUCUGUAGGGGUGAGGAGGCCUGUGCUGUGUAUCAUCCUUGAUUGUGUUCCUUCAAGGAGCAUUGCACUGUAAGUACAUCAGAAUGACAAAUGGAUGAACUGCAACAGUAUCUUUUUGUCAAUGUUCCACAUAAUGCAAAUGCCUAUUUUGUGUGAAUAUUAUGUUGGAAUACAGUGCUGAUAUCUUGGAAAACCAUAACUGCUUCGUAAUAUAGAAUAAUAAUACAUAGUUCUGUAUUUUUUUUAAAGUGAGCUUAAUGGGUAAGUAUUUUUGAUAUGCUUUAGCUAUAGCUAAAGAAAACUGAUCAUUAACAAAGUUGAAUAGUAUUACGGUGCUCCUGAAAUAAUUGUUUUUCAGUGUAAAGUAUGCGUAUCUUAUAUAUUAAUAUGAAAAACUUGAAAUGUUUAAGGCAGAUGUGGUUUUCUGUUUGCAAAUAAGCAGUGUAGCACUUGUAACACCAUUUCAUAAGUAAUAUAUUAGUUUUGUCAUUGGUAAGGAGCACCAUUUGUUGUUUUGAAUAUACUUUAAAAGGAAAGAUGUUCAAGGACAUAAAUGUCGAAAUUACCUGUAGGGUGGAAAAUAGCAGUACAGUUCUUUGUAGAUAUUCUGAAAUGUUGAUUGUUUUAUGUAACGUAGGGGGACUUCCCUUACCCUUAUUUAGAUCUCAGUAUGUAGUUCUAGUUUGAAGUUUAAUAGUUAAGGAGUUACCUAUUAUCUUUAAGAGUAGGGUAUUGAAAAAAACAAGUUCAGUAUUUUGCAUGAUACUGUUAUGUAGAUGACCUUUUAGGACAGUGGUGCAUUUAUUAAUUAAACUGAAGAAAUAAUUCAGUUAGAUUCAGUAUCAUAACUCAAAAAUCGGAGGCUGUUGAUUUUGAUUCAUUUAAGGUUUAAAAUCUUUAUUAAUUGCAAACAGUGCAAUUAUUUAUACUUCACAGUGCCUUCCCAGACCUUCCACCUUAGGUUCUGCUGCAAAAAGCACCAGGUAAGCACAACCUAAGGACAUAUAUAAAUAAAUAUUUCAGUACAUUAAUGUUGUCCCUGUGAGGUUUUUGUGGUUGUGUACUCAAAAGCAAUCUGCUACUGCUUCCCCAAAAUGUAUUUUGUUAUUUAUGCUACCAUUUUAGUGGAAAGUCUGUUAAGUUGUUCUGGGUGAUGUUUUUUUAUUUUAUUUUUAAUUAAAGCAAGAAAAUAAUGAGUAGAUUGCUGCUAUAACUGAACUAUAUCCAAACCUUUUUGUAUUUUUCCCAAAAAUAUUGAAGUGUUACAGUUAAGGACAGUUACAUAGUUUUCAAGAUGUAGGAAAUCCUUUGGUCAGAAACGUCAACAGCCUUCACAGUUGGUUUGUGUGAUUGACAGGACUUUUUUUUUUCCCUCCAAAGCUAUAAUUCAUUUUUUCUUAUUCUUAACUAUAAUAAUUCAGUAAGAACAUUAUGGGUCAAUUUUACAGCGAUUUUUCUUAGAUAAUUCUGUUAUAUGCUGAAAAAGGAAAAAUUAUAGGAGUACUGGCAGUAUGUUUUGAUAAAAAGCAUGUGCAUCAGUGAAAUGUUAACUGUAUAGCAAAUAACUUCAUAAUCUAUGUAGCAACCAAUAUUUUUCUGACUUUUAAUAAUUUAAUAACUGACGCUGCAUUUAUUUUCUUUUUUGCCAGUUUAAAAUGUUUGUGUGUUAUAGAUGAUUUUAACUGGUACAUAUUUUGAGUUAAGAUGAAUGUAUUAAAGCAGCAUCUUAUCAGUUUUGUUUAUUCGAUUUCUAAAAUGUGCUGAUCCUUUUAAAAUUCCUGCUUAUCUCUACAACAAAGGAAAAUAUUCAAAAAUACUGCCUUCAUUUUCACACACAGUGCUGAAGAUGCUGCAAGCACCAAAUCAUAGCUCAUAAAAUCAGGUCCUGAGAUAGUUACCCAUAAAGAGGAAUCCUUUGAGUGUAUGCCAUUGGUGAGCCGAUGAGCAUGGACCAUAGAAGGGCUCAUGUAGAAGGUAAAAUUGGCAAGUCAUCAUUGAGAACUAUGAAAUGUAUUCCCAUACAUAAUAUGGUAGAGGGUGUAAUGUACCUGCUUUUGAUCACUUUUCAUUUUAAAGUGCUAUUCACUUGAUCUUUAAUGUUCCAUGAACUGUUACAUUUCUUACGUUACAUUUACUGCACCACAUUUAUGUGUUUGUGUGUUUUAAUGAUCAAUGCUAGGUGUGUUUAAAAUUGACAGUACAAAGGGGCUCUUUCAUCCUUAAGAGUCUGUCAAGUUUUGAUUAGUUGUAGUUUGCAUUUUUAUAAAAGAAUAUAGAUGAAUGCUAAUAGGUAUUUGGGCAUUGUUUUUAUCUCGAUAUUUUUUCAUUACCAUAAGCCUUCACUGGUAUAACGAGCAUUUUUUAAAAUGGCGCUAACCUUAACCUUGAAAUACACGGAAAGCCGGAAAGGUGAGCCAGUUAACUUGAAUGCAGUGUGUGUUUAGGAGUGGUGGGAAAAAUGUUUAGUUUAGAUUGAAGUUAAAUUAAUUUCUUUGAUUUAGCACUUAAGCAAAAAUUUGAAGUUUUUAAAAGACAUCUUAGUGUGGUGAUAUACUUCUGUUUUGUUUCUUUUAGAAAUGAGAAAGUAUAGUUUUGUUUUUUUAAUUAAUGAAAAUGGUUGUGAUAAUUAAAACUAGUGAUUUGAUACUAGUUGUUUAUUAAUACUGUAAAAUACAUCCUUAAACAUCUUGGUAGUUAAUAAGGGUGAGUUUGAGUAGAAAUAGAGUACUUUGAGAAGGAAUUAGCAUUUUAUUUGUUUGAAUACUCUGCCAGUAGAACCAGUUCUCUCUGGAAAGUUCUCUCUUGUCUAGAAUAAUGCUGUAGAGUUUAGCAUCAGUGAGGAUGUCUUAUUUUUGUUCUGUGUCUGAAAUGCUGCCUCAUUUUAAAAUGCAUUUUAACAAUACCUAAAGAUAAUUUUGACUCUGAAAAUAACCUUACUUUUUGUUUAAUCAGUCACUUGACUUUUCUUACCACAACAUAAACUUUUGAGGGAUUUUUAAUUGGUGCUUUUACGAAGCAAAUCCCAGGGUUUUAUUUCCUUUGGUAAUAAUCCCUAAAGAAACUAUUAAAUGUAUUUGAGAAUAUAUAUAUUCUUUUCUUAUGCAUGCUCAAUGCAUUUUCGUCCUGAGAAAAGUGUUCUCUACAGAAACUACCCGUGUGUAAAAAGAAGAUUGGCUUAAAAUGGCUACUGUGAUGGGAACAGUGUCUUAGGGAGAUGCAGCUUGGACUUGAGGUAAAUUGAAUACUUUACAAACUGUGGUUUAGAGUUUGUUUUAAUGACGUAUGUAAAGGACACAUGAUUGCUGUAAUUUUGUAUUCAUUAUGGUCUCAAUAAAAAAAUAAAUGUACAUUGACAAAUA